GCCGCGGCCCGGCGGAAUGGGGAUGGCUGUGUCCCUGUCUCCAUGUCUCUCUCUGAGGAAAAGCCUGGUGGAGCCGGGGUGAAAAGCAGGGCUCGAGGUUUCCCCCUCGGUACCAGCUAUCCGCGCUAGCGGGGGCCCUGUCGGAGGCAGCGGGGCCAUGCGGGGCAGUGAUGCCAUCGCUGCGGGGCUGCGAAGUCCCCCCCAGUCAGGGCGAUGGAAGCGAGUCCCAUCGUGACGUCCAAGCAGCGAGAGGAGGUGGUGCACGGGGUGCCCACCGAGGUGGUGUGCACGGCCUUCUCCAACUCGGUGCUCGUGGUGGUCACACAGUACGGCAAGAUGGGCACCAUCGUCUACGUGGACCCCAACACCAUCGGCGACAACGUGGGCAGGCCCUCGCUCACCACCAAGGUGCUGCUGGGCAAGGAUGAGCCCCUCGUUCAUGUCUGUGCCAAAAACCUGGUGGCGUUUGUGUCGCAGGAAGCCGGGAACAAACCUGUUCUCCUCGCCAUGGCUCUAAAGGACAAAACCAUGGAAGGAAUACAGGCCCUACGAGAAGUGAUCCGAAGUUGCCAAGUGUGGUGAAGUUGUGCCAUCUGGAUUCAAGGAAAUGAUCCUGAGCCCAUGACUCAUCACCACCUAGUUGAAAGGACUAGAAAUGAAAAUGAUGGAAUGUCUUUGUGGUGGUUUUGGACGUCCUGAGGAAUUUCAUGAAUUUUUCUCUACUGUGUAGAACGUUUGUGGGUUUUAUUACUGGGACAGGUUUGCAAGUCCAUAUAGACAGUGGUGAGACGAGAGCAAUUGUCUCAACACAGGAGAGGAGUGCUACUUUUAUCAUGUUGGGUGGGUCAUUUGGGAAAGGGCUCGGCUCUGCACAUGUGUCCUGAGGAGCAGCAGAUGCCGAGCUCUGUAGCUGUGCCAUACCACAAAGGGGGAACACCCAGUGCAGAGGGAAUAAAAGAAACAUUGACAAAUCAAA